AUAACCGCUGUGGGCGGAGAGCUGAAAGCUCUGGAAGGAGGUGUUGGCUACAUGCGGGCCAGCAGUAAUAAUAAUAGAGUUACCUCCUCCUCGGCAGGAGUCAGGAGGAAGUGUUGCGUCGCGUCUGGACUUACCUGCCAUUGAGUCGAUUUAAUCCGCCGAACUCACCUGGACUAAUACAAACUGGCAAUUCAGCCUUCCUUAUCACGACCUGACCGGAGCACCAUGGAGCCCAAAGCAGCGAGCAAGGACCGGUUCUUCAUAGUCAUCCGCGGGAAGUCGCGGAGAGGCUUCUGCCGCGGCUGCAUCGGUCGCGUGGAGGCGGAGACGGGGCGCGGGGAGCUGACGGGGCUCAUGUACGGCUGCAGCUCCAACGCCGGGAGCCCCAAGAACGGGGGCUUGGUGAGGACGGAGGACGCGUACCCUCUGACCCGACACCAGGCCCAGCUGCUGCUCUACAUCUCCAGCCCCAGCAGACGCCUGGAGAUGCUGUGCAACCCGCAGCUCUUCUCAGCCAUCUGCGAGCUGACCCCGGGCGACCUGGUGGUGAUCAGGUACAAGAAGGGCCACGUUCCCGGGAUGGUGAAGAACCUGAUGCAGAUCGGAAAGAAGGAGAGCAAGGACGACCUCAACAUGCUGGGCUUCGAGGUGGAAUUUGUGGACUCCGAAGACAACUUGUCGCCCAAACAACUUGGACAGCUUCCCAUUUUCAGCGCUUCAGACAUCAUCCAGGUGGUCCCGUCUUACUCCGUCCCCCUGGGACUGCAGUACAGAGACAUCAAAAGAGGCGGCUCAACUGGGAAAGUGGUGAUGCGCAUCAACUCCAUGCCAAGUACCGGGACGAGCAGAAGACAAGUCACCAACAGCCAAUCAAUGCGAAGCGUCGCUCCAGGCCGGACGCAGAGCGAGCCUCCUGUCCCUCUAGAGGUCGGCUCCUUGGUGGAGGUCGUCAACAACGCAGGGGUCACGGUGUACGGAGUGAUCCGGUGGUUGGGGAUCCCAGAGGGGAAGCUGGAGACAUGGGCCGGGGUGGAGCUGGACUAUGAAGUGGCGGGCUGCUCUGACGGGGUGUACAAAGAUCAGCGGUACUUCACUUGCAAGGAGAACUGCGCUUUGUUUGUUCCCGUCACAAAAUGCAGCCCAGACAGCCGGUUCGUCUGCUCCUCCACAGAGAUGGAGACGUUCAACACCACAGAAAUCCCUCCAGGUUUGAUAUUUGCUUCCAGUUAUGCACACACAACUGAAACUACACACACUUGUACAUUUCUAUUGUAAAUCUGGAGAUGUACA